CUUCUAUUGAUUUUAUCGAAUUAAUUAAGUUAGCUUAAGCUAUAACUACAUCCUUAAGAGAUUUAUGAUUAUUUUUUAAUUACAUAAGCUGGUGAGUAACUUAGAAAUGAAAUGAAAUAAUAAAUACACCAAGAACGAACUCGUAAAUAAGUUAAAAAAAAAGACUAAAGACUCCCAGAACUUAAUCGUUAAACAACUACUCUAUUUAUUGAUACAGAGAGAGAUAAUAUAUUGUAUCAAAAAACUUUGUCAGAGGUUGCUCUAUCCAAUCUUAAUCGUGUAGCUAGUCUUAGUUUAUUGGGUUAGAGGAGUAAAAAUAAAUUAGAAACUCAUAUUAGAGAUGAGUUGAAUCUUCCCAAUAAAUUUUAGUAUUUAAAUCAAAAUCUUGACAAAUAAAUAAAUAAGAUUCUUUCAGAUAAGGGUAUAUUCUACCUUAUGUAAAAGAUUUGAAAACCAAGAGAAAAAGACAUCUUUUGACAGAGUUGAAGAGAAUUGAAAAAAAAAGGACAACUUCCCAUAAUGAAGAUGUCUCAAUCUUUUCGUCAUGCAUAGAAGACUAUGAUAAGAAUUAAAAGAUGACUGCCAUAAUCAAUGCAGAAGGUAAAUUGGCUUAAUUGACAAGAAGAUAUAAGUAAAAAGAAUUAAAUGAUUAAAAAUUAAAGUUGAAUUUAAAUAUUAGUUUAGAGAAAAUGUAAGAACGUAAAAAUAUGUUAAUUAAUGCUAUAAAUCCUUUGAGUCCUGUUUAGAUGAGAAUAAACUCUUAGAGAUAAUUUGAUGAAAUGUUCUAAGACAAUUCUGAGGAAAGAUUUCAUGACAGAUUAUAGGAAAAACAUGUGAAAUAAAUAUGUUUAGUAUGGAAUCAACAUUAAUUUCCAAAAUAAACUAAACGUUGGAUGUAGUUUAUUGAAAAUGCAAAAUAAAAGAAAAAAUGA